AUGACAAGAAGACCACGAAGUGUAUCGUUCAGCGAGACUGUCGAAAAGAGCAAGUCACCAAUCCUUGACAAAUCGUCGUACUCGGAUUAUCUCGAUUGCUGGUAUACAAGCAGAGAUCAUAAGGGAUUCAAGAGGUCCGUGAGGGACUUGGUCGAGCUGCUUGAAGCCAACCCAAGCCUCGAAAACAGUCGUACGCGUAGCACAAUCUUUCGUGGUAUCGAGCGACACACAAUUACCGAGAAGGUGAGAAUAAGAGAGAAGCGCGAAAUCUCCUACAGCAUUGUCGAAUCUUUGCAAGGCAGAAGCGACUUCCAAAUGGCCAAAAUGUUGCGAUCACAAAGCGACGACUGCCUUUUGGAAGCUCAUAAGCGCGCAUUGGAGGACGAGAAACUAUAUCGGGAUGCCCAAAGCAAAUUGGAGGCAUCCCACAACAAUACAGCGAAGGAUACGGCUUCAUCAAGGACGACUCCUCGCACCAAGCCACCACGAACAUGCCUUCCUUCGAGAACAAAGAUUGUUCGAUCAUUUUAG